UACACCAAAGUCCAAAAUGACAGAAGAAGUGAAGCUACUUGGAGCAUGGGCAAGUCCAUUUAGUCAUAGAAUAGAAUUAGCUCUAAAGCUAAAAGGGAUACAAUAUCACUACAUAGAAGAAGACCUCUUUAAUAAGAGUCCUCUGCUUCUUCAAUCAAAUCCAGUUCAUAAAAAGGUUCCUGUACUCAUACACAAUGGAAAACCAAUUUCAGAAUCACUUGUCAUUCUUGACUACAUUGAGGAGACUUGGCAAAAUAAUCCAAUAUUGCCUAAAGAUCCCUAUGAUCGAGCCGUGGUGCGUUUCUGGGCUAAAUUCAUUGAUGAAAAGAUCUUGAAAAUAGCUUCGAAGUUCAAAGCGGCCAAAGGGGAAGAGAAAAAGCAGGUUCUUGAAGAACUUGGCGAGCAGCUAAAGAUUCUUGAGAAGGAACUAGAAGAAAAGGAAUUCUUUGGAGGUGAGACUAUUGGGUACUUAGACAUUGUGGCAUUUUUUAUAGUGUAUUGGUUUCAAGUCCGUCAAGAAGUACUGCAAAUAAAAUUUAUUAGUGAAGAGAAAUUUCCAGUUGUGUGGAAAUGGAUGGAAAAGCUUCAUCAAAUUGAUUUUGUCAGUGAAUGCCUGCCUCCUAAAGAGAAACAUUAUGCUUAUAUUAGGUCUCUCUUUCAGCUCCAGGCUGCAACAUCUACUUUCAAAUAGAGGGCAAUACGUUACAUCUCCUUCAUAAUUUCUUUUGUUCUCUGGUUGUUUUCCUUCCUCUAUAUAGUUGGGGCCUAAUAAUAUAUAUAAGGCUCGCUUUCGUGUAACGGUCCACUUUAUGACCUCGAUAUCAUGGUUUCGGGCCAUGGAAACAUUCUUUCUGCAUACAUCAAUCCUUUCCAGAGCCCAUGCUUCAUGCAUUAGAUUGCACUAUAUAUAUUCCUUAAUAAAAUUUCCCAGCAAAUUCUCUACUUUC